AAGUAUUUCAGACAGAGACACAGAACAAAACACGAAUUAAUGUACUUACUGGGAAAAGCUUAAAGGUUACACGAAUAGAUAUUCGAUCCAAUCUAGUAGUAUAGAACUAUCAGUUUAUCAUCUUCUUCAGUCUAAAUGAUGUAUCUCCCUUGUGAAGACUCCUCAUCACCAGUUCCCAACGCUUCCUCUAUGCAGGCACCAAAACCGAGGAUGAUGAUACAGAAAUGCGAAAAUGGAUUUAAGAUGAGGAAGCUGAAUGAUGAUAUUAAAGAAAACAAUGACUCGUUACAGAUGGAGUCAAACAUCACACAUGCAGAGGCGGCGAAUAAGCUUCCUCUAGUUUCUGAACCAGAAGCAGCAGCUUUGGUGCCUCAUGAAACCAAGCCCGACACUACUGAAGAAGAUACUCAGAAAGUAUGUGCCAGAGAACAGUUGUAUAAGCUAUGUAGUUUGAGGCAUUGGAAAACACCAUUGUAUAAGUUCUUCAACCAAGAUGGCCCUGACAAUAAGAAAUUAUUUAAAGUCGAAGUCAAUGUUGAAAUAAAGGAAGUUUCAGGGAUAACGGUUCUGGAGUGUUUUGGAGAUCCACACAACAAGAAGAAAAUAGCAGCUGAGCAGGCAGCGGAAGUAGCGCUUUGGUUUCUCAAGAAUGUGGGUCAUACCGUCCAGACUGACAAUGCUUCUGGUCGUAAGGGAGGACAAAAAAACGCUUUAGAAUCUGUUAAUAACAUAUGACUUAAGUAGGUCUAGUUUUGUUCAUGUUAAUUGGCUUUUAGCUGGUUAGCAUUUGAUAGAAUCUCUCUACCUAGGGAGUUCAAAAGUGUGUAAGCCUCUGCCCUCAACAUUCUCACCUCGUAUAAGAGACUAUGUUUGAUGUCUGUCAAAGUUUGUGUACAAGGAUCAUCUUUUCUGUAACGUUAAUAGUAAGUAAAAACUAUGAAGUUAUGGUUAA